CCAUUCACAGGAGGACAAUAAGAAAACUGCAAGUGUGGCGAAAAUUGAUUCGAACAUAAAUAAAGGGCAGCCAAGCGUGGCCAGACAAGGACAACAAAAGCAAAAGAAGCCAAAGGAUUUGCGAUUGGCCGAAAAGGCAAAAAUCAAUAACAGCCACAUGUAAGAGGACACCGGGCAUAAGCGAUAUGGUGGCCAUUCGGAUGGGCAUGGGGCAGACGACUCCUAGCCUCCAGUUCUUGCUGUGGAAUAAGUAAUGAACUCAAGGGUGUAACAUGUCUGACCGAUAUCCAGCCAGCUUCUACGAUCAGCAUCCUCCUCAUCAUCAUCAUCCCCAUCAUACGGCCACUAUGUCGCACUAUCCGCCGCAACCCUACAGAUCGGGUUACACCGGCUACCAUCCCUAUGGCUAUGGCUAUGGAUCUUCUAGUGCUUCUUACAUGCCCAACUACUAUCGCUAUGCUCCGUACGCCUCGCCGCAUUAUAGCCAGCACCACCAGGGGAUGUUUACGGCGGCUGGCCAGCAGCUAAUCCCCUCCAGUGUGCUGCAUUACCCGCCCAGAUCGCAUCCCUACCAGCAGCAACACCCACAGCAGCAGCUACAGCAAUCUCAACCUGGUUAUGAGCCUCCUGCUCCCUUGCCAUACAGUUCUUCCGCUUCCUACCAAUCCCGGGGCUUUGGUGGCUUUGCUGGUCCAACGCCUCACUAUGCGCCAGCUGGAAGAUCCUCUACUCCGGCUCCGAAUCGCACUGUGCUGCCACCCAACUACUUGGAACCGCUUCGCAGCUACAGCGCCGAGCAGCAACAUUUGAGCCAGCAGCAACAUCUCAGUCAGCAGCAACUGCAACAUCUUCCCUUGGCGGGAACACCAAAGCUAGAGGAUCCGGACAUCGAAGUGGAGGCAGUAGCGGAAUCACCCGCCCAGCGGUUAACCACAUCGCCGCCCAUGAUCAGUGCCACCGGAACCGAUAGCGGCAUCAGCAAUUGCAGCACGCGAGCGAGAAGUGACAGUAGUCAGAGUACGCCCGUUUACAGUGGCGAAUAUCCGGUCAACAUGUCCGUGGAGUCCGCCUCCUGUGUGCCCUAUCACUGCCCGGCAGAUGGCAGGGACUACGAGGAGGAGGAGCACCAGCCACCAGUUACCACGGCGGAGACCAGAAGGGCGGACACUCCGCUCGAUAUUCCCGAUGACAUAAGCACCACGUCGCCAGUGGCCAGUGAUAAGGUGAAACCCGCUCCGCCCACUCCGCCGGAAGUUGCCAAGCGUACGGAAAUCAAUUUGCAGACGGAGACGGGAGUAUCCUCGGAUGCGCCGACGACGCCGCAGGAUACUAGUGGUGAUCCAAUAAUCGAGGCAGCCGACGAGAAGCCAGGACAUGCGCAGCAGCGGCAACAUCCUGUGACAACCAACUGGAGUCCAACGCCGCGACGCCCGCGCACUCCACCGGCACCCCAGAACUCACCCAUUGGCUUUGGCCAAAAUGCUAGUGUGCCGCCCGCCUUGGCUCCCCUUCUGCAGCAGCAACAGCAACAGCAGCAAUUGCUGUUGCAGCAGCAACAGCAGGCUAACAACUUCAAGCGGUGUGCAACAUCUGGCAGGAAUCGCAGCAGCAGCAACCGCAUCAUCGAAUGCGAUCUCAUUCCGAGCAAGAAAUCAAAACGGAAGGCGGCCAAAAAGGAAGCCGGCGAAAACGAGAACGCAGAGGCUGUGGAGCCUAUUGUUAGAGAACAAAUUAGAGACAUCAAGCCUUUGCCGGGAUUCUUGCAGGCUUUCGGCUCUACCGAAAUCGGAAGAUUUUCCGAACGUUUCCUGCAGACACCCGAAUCGCUGGUAGAGCGAUUAGCUGAGGAAUACGCAUCCAGUGCGCCUAGUAAUUUCCCAUCCCAUCCAAUUGGUGGCUAUAUAGAAUCCCCGGCCACGCCCACACCUAACUACUAUCCCUACGAGGAAGAGCACCAAGGUAGCUAUCCAAGAAAUCGUAUGCGAAGCUAUGGCUACGAGAUGCCGGACUACAUGGCGUAUGAGCGAUAUGCGGCCUACGGUGCCGGAAGACCAAGAGCUCGCUAUGGGGAAAUCCGCUGCAAUGGCUACUAGAUACGGUCUGCCAAUGUCAAACGGAUCAUAUAUAGCUUAGGAGAAACAACCAAGUUCAGGUUUCAAAGGGGCCCAACAAAAUUUCAAAUGCAAAUCGAACAAAUCAAUGAAGA